AUGUCUCCCCGACUCCUGCAUCCCGAUGAGUAUGAGCUGGUUAGUCGCUCGUCCUUCGAUUCGAGAGGUAGCUUCGAUCUCGACGCCGCAGACUUCGAGUCGCAUCCUACAACCAGCCGAAGCUAUCUGCAUACCCCCCCCUCGCUGAUAUCGCGACUGCUCUCCUUCCUCCCUUUCGUCAGACGACAUCCCCCACGCGGCCGCACAAGGGAGGUUGCAUGGAAAAAGAGGAAUCACUCUGGGUUUCGCUGCCGCCUCUUCCCCCGCAGACUCUGUUUCAUUUCAUUUUCAUUUUCUGGACUAAUACUCGUCCUCGCGUUGCUUACCGCCCUACUCCGUCCGUCUUACACGUACCCUCCUGCUCAUUAUUAUACUCUCCGGCAAGCUGCUCUAAACACAAAGAGUCCAGGCGCCGGUAAUCCACGGAAUGAAAAGGUGUUCGUUGCUGCUAGUCUAUACGAUCGAGAUGGCGAGCUUGCACGGGGCAGGUGGGGGGAGAACGUUCUUCAGCUUAUCAGAUUACUAGGAAAUGAUAAUGUAUUCUUAAGUAUAUACGAGAAUGACAGUGGUCCCGAGGGUGAAACUGCACUGAAUGAGCUGGAGGGGAGAGUUGAAUGCAAGAAGUCGAUAGUGUACGAGGAGCACAUGGACAGGACAUCCUUGCCUCACAUCCGCCUUGUAGAUGGUUCAGAGCGCAUAAAGCGGGUUGCAUACCUAGCUGAGGUUCGAAACCGUGCACUCCUCCCACUCAACGACCCAGCAAACGGUCGGUUCGAUAAACUGCUAUACCUCAACGACAUCGUUUUCGAUCCCAUCGACGCUCUUCAGCUGCUAUUCUCCACCAAUGCGGACAAGGACGGUAAGGCGCGAUACCGUGCCGCUUGUGCCGUAGAUUUCAUUAACCCAUUCAAGUUCUACGAUACCUUUGCAACGAGGGAUCUUGAGGGAUAUUCGAUGGGAGUUCCUUUCUACCCAUGGUUUUCUAGUGCAGGCAAGGCUGAGAGCCGGCAUGACGUUCUCGAUCAAAAGGACGCCAUUCGAGUUAGAAGCUGCUGGGGCGGGAUGGUUGCAUUUGAUGCAAAGUUCUUCCAACGAAGGGAGACCCCGGAAGAAGAGCAAGGGGAGAGAAAGAAUAAACACAAGGCUGACAGACGGACUCCAACCUCCCUAGUUCCGCGCCGCUCUUCAGUUAUGAAAUUCCGCGCUGAGCCCGACACCUACUGGGACGCUUCGGAAUGCUGUCUCAUCCAUGCUGACAUCCAAAGGCCACCAUACGAAUUCAAGGAUGGCGAACCUGUUGAUACGGAGAUCUAUAUGAAUCCCUACGUUCGAGUUGCAUACGACACAAGGACUCUGUCGUGGCUUGGCGUCACUAAGAGAUUCGAAAGGCUGUAUUCCAUAGCCAACGCUGUAAUAAAUGCCGUGGCUGGUAUGCCCAAAUUCAAUCCGCGACGGGCAGAGAUAGCCGGGGAGGAAGUGGAAGAAAAAGUCUGGGUUCUCAAAGGUGCUGAUGGUGAGGGUUCUUAUGAAAUGAUUAAACGGAAGGCGGGAACUGGGGGUUUCUGUGGUCGUCGAGAUCUGCAGGUCAUGGUGUCCAAUCCCAAGAAGGGGGAGAAGAACUGGGAGACUGUCCCCGUCCCUUCUGGCUAG